AUGAAUUUGAACAACGACUAUUUUGUCAAAUACAUAACACACUGGGUUGAGGCAAAUGAAUACAAACAGUAUUCCCUUUACAUUCAACAAGAAUUGUGCUGGCUAUCAUUGGACGAUGUCAUAACACAAUUGAUUGAGCAUUUUGCUGUUAAACCAAAACAAUUAUUCCCAACAUUGGGCUAUUAUAUAGCAUCGGAAUUACUAAUUGAAAUUUUGAACGCGCUCAAUUAUUUACAUAGUCAUAACCUGCCGAUAAUUCAUCGUGACAUAAAACCACAAAAUAUUUUGAUAAAGGAGCAUGCACAGGGCUUUGUUAAAAUAUCAGAUUUCGGACUUGCCGUUUUACAUGAUCCUAAGUCUCUAUCGCAUUCACAGGGUAGGGGCACUGAGAGGUAUAUGUCACCUGAGGUUAAAAGUGGGCGCCGGUAUAGUCCCAGUGCCGAUGUUUAUAGCCUGGGUGUGGUUAUACAGGAAAUGUUUAAUUUCGAUAUCAAUACCAUUGGAAAAUUCAAAACAAAUACAAUGUUUGAUAACAUAGAGGAAGUCAGCAGUGAUUGCCUGAAAGGUAUGGCCAGUCAACGACCCACUUGUCAACACAUAUUGGAUAAUAGCAACCAAUGGGUCCUAAAGCACGAUGACGUAAAAGAGCUUAUUAAACUCAAUGAAAAC